CAACUCACAUAAAUUCUUCAACUACAAACUUUGGAGACCAAACUUCAUUUGACUCUCAUCAUGGAGAAUUCUGAUCCCGUGAAAGACAUUAUACCCAGCAAGGAACUCGCGUGGUACCUCGACGAUCUCAAAGGGAGAGUCACACCGGAGGUCAGUUAUAUAAUUCCACUCUAUAAGAUUCGUGACACUAAUUGAAUCAACAGAUUCGUCGUUUGCUAGAAGAAUACUCAAAAGUUCCAGCCGAUGAAGUCCUACGCCAUGUCCAUGAAAUCGUAAGUCACGAAAAGAUUAGAAUAGCACUAUACCAACAUGCUGAUACCAACAUCCAGCGUGAUAAAGCCUGGGCCAUCAGACCAUACCCAUGCACCGGCUUAGGAAACUUCCUCCAACCAACUGUUUCCCUACUUCCAGUCUACCCCGAAAUUCUUUCUCGACUUAAAAAUGGGGCUUCGUUUCUGGAUGUUGGAUGUUUCCUGGGACAAGAUCUUAGGAAGCUAGUUUUUGAUGGUGCGCCUUCCGAUCAUCUUCACGGCGUGGACAUCGUCAGUCAUUGGUGAGUUCAAGGCUAAUACAGAUUUUCUUUCAGAUUGAUGUCGCAAAAUUGUUUUCUGAUCUGUAAAUCUUGAGAAUUAGGCAUCUAGGCUACGAAUUGUUCCUUGAUGAGGGAAGAUUCAAGGCUCAUUUCAUGGAAACCGAUCUCCUCAAGCCGAAUGCAGAGUUGAGUGCAUUGGAAGGAAAAAUCGACAUGUAAGUACACAUUCCCUUUGUAUUCGUCCAAGGAGAGAACUCUCUUCCCCGCGGUAUAAUCAAUAUACAUGUCGUACUAACAGUUUAUAGAAUUCAAGUCACUCAUGUGCUUCAUCAAUGGGGAUGGAAAGGUCAAAUCCAAGCCGCAAAACAACUGGCCAAAUACACCAAACCCGGCUCUCUCAUCGUCGGAUAUCAAGCUGGAACAGCGGGGGAAGCAACCAAGGAAGUGGGUGAAAGUGAGUGGCAUUCUUGAAUGAGACAAAACCCGGAGACUUGGGCCGAGAUGUGGGAUGCGGUUGGGAAGGACACUGGUACGGAAUGGAAAAGUGGUGCAGCUUUGGUUCCGUUUAGCGAGAUUGGAGUUCGAGACAAGGACCUGGAAUACCCUGGGCCAUUGGCGAGGAUCUUGCGCUUUUUGGUCACUCGAAUUAAUUAGAUGCCGUUGCAGGAAUAAUUCGAGAGUAGUAGAUAGUAGUUCACAUGUGAUUCAUGCCUUUUUCCACCGAAGACACGUUAGAAUGUCAUCUUUUUACAAGCUUACCCC